AUGCUGAAUUUGUUACACGUGGAAGUUUGUCAAAACGUUGGAAGCUUGUUAACAGAAUUUGAUAUUAAAAAAUUAGUGCAAACUGAGUUUGAUUCGUUGGAAGAAAUUAUUUUAAAUAAACCAUUAUUAUCAGAAAAUUUUUCUACUGACGCAUUAAAAACCCAUGUUCAAUCAAUUUAUUGCUCUUGCGAACAAGAACAGGGAAUACAUGUAAAAUUGUUGAAAGAAACGAUUAUCAAGAUUUAUGUAUACCGUUUAAAUCAAGAAGAUAUUGCAAUUGAGACCAUACAUAAGGAUGGAGAAGAAAUAUCUGCUGCUGCGCAUUGGAUGUUACCUUCAGAUAAAUUCUUUGGCCUUUGGGAAAAUUUAUUUUACGAUCCAGGUGUUAAGGAAAAAUUGGUAAACUUUGUUGAAACUGCAAUGGUAUAUUCUGAGCGACAAGUAAACCCUCACAUAAUAAGUUGGAAUAAGGUGAUUUUAUUACACGGACCACCUGGAACAGGAAAAACUAGUUUAUGUAAAGCAUUAGCGCAAAAAAUUACGAUCCGUCUUGGACAUAAAUUUACUCGUGGUGAACUUAUUGAAAUAAACAGUCAUAGCUUAUUUUCAAAAUGGUUUUCAGAGAGUGGUAAAUUAGUUAUGAACAUCUUUAAUGAAAUCAAAAUAUUGUUGCAAGAUCCAAAAGCUUUAAUAUUCAUAUUAAUUGACGAAAUCGAAUCAUUGGCUCAUGCUCGCAAAGCAUGCACAACUGGAAGCGAACCCAGUGACUCCAUCAGAGUUGUUAAUGCUCUGUUAACGCAACUCGAUAAUAUAAAACAAUUUCCAAAUGUUUUGAUAUUAACAACAAGUAAUUUAACAGAAGUCAUUGAUGUAGCAUUUGUGGAUCGCGCAGACAUUAAAUUGUACAUAUCUCUUCCAAAUGAGCAAGCUAUUUACAGUAUUUACAGUAAUUGUGUGGAAGAAUUAAUGAGGACAAAUUUUAUACGACCUGAAAAAAUUCAUGAUAUGGAGUAUUUAAAGCGUUUGAAUUAUGAAGAGAAUUCGGAAUCAAAAAACAGUCUUACCUUAUAUCAAUUAAGUUGUAAGAGUAUAAAUAUGAGUGGACGAACAUUAAAAAAAAUACCUUUCUUAGCGCACGCACUUUAUAAUCAAGCGAGAGAAUGUUCAUUACACGAGUUCCUUAUGGCCAUGAAUUUUGCGAUUCAAUGGCAAACAGAAAAUUCCUUAAAAUAAUAAGGUAUCGUUUAAAUAAAAAUGAUUUGUAAUUUAUUAAGAACGUAGUUUGUGAUGUAUUAGCAUUUUAAUUAUUAUUUUCAAAAAUGUGUAAUUGUCAAAGUACUUUUGAUGUAAAGCAAUUUUGAUAACAAUCAUGGUAAUUUAAUUUAA